CUCGCUUCCCAGAGUGAUAAUGAUCUUCAAUUUUUCAUUGUAUUCUAAUGUACACAACUACUGGUUUCCAAGAAGAAACUUCAAACGGGUUUCCUCUUCUUUCGAGGUCAAUUAGAUUGUAUGCACUUAUCGUUGAAGAUCUAAUCAGGAACAGUGUAACUGAAAUCUGAAAUUGAAGUCGCAUUUGCGCCGGUUCAACUGCAAGUGGCCAAUAGAUCCCAAAGGAUUCUCCGUGUCUAAGUUUUGUAAAGCUUAUAUGCCGUGGCCAAAUGCAGAGGAAAAUCUUGAUCUUCCUGUGCGUUGUUACCUGGAUUGUUAUUUUCUUUGUGUGGAGGACGCUGUUUUGGACGCGAGCUUAUGAUACCACAAAUAUGCAGAUGGUAUCAGUGGGUAAUUAUCUUCAAGAGCAGAUUAGUUUAUUGAGUGAAAAGGUGAAUGAGAGCAAAAAGGCUACUAUUAAUGCUAUGAAGACUUUCAAUGACAAGAUAAAUCAGACAGUGACUAGUUUGGAUAAGAAGGUCAAAAAGCUAGGAGAGGCAGUUUUACAGAGGCACCAAAAAGCCAAGCAGGCUCUGCAAGUAUUAAGUGACGGAGUAAAUCAAAAUAAAGAGGAGAAAGUUGAAGAAUAUACUCCAACAGCUACAUCAUUGAGAACUAGGGGAAGAGAUAUAAGAUCAAGUGCUUUUAAAAAUGAAAUGUGUAUUGAUUCAGUGGAGAAGCCAACAGGAAGUGAUGUUGAAUUGUACGAAUGCCAUGGUGAAGGAAGAAACCAGGCUUGGGCUUUAUCAAAUGGGUUUAUCAAAAACUAUGUUCAUGACAUUUGCUUGAGGUCUGCUGAUGGUUUUUAUGGAAGCUCAGUACAGACAGCAACAUGUGAUACUGAUGACAUAAAUCAGAAAUGGAGACAUGAAAAUGGAGCUAUCAUGUUAGGGGAUGAUGAGAAUGACAAUAAAUGCCUUGAGGUCGACAUUACAACCAAGAAACUUAUGAUCAGAGCUUGUGACAGCAAGAAAGAAUCUCAGCUUUGGAAGUUAUGACGUGGGCAUGUUGGAAGAUGUGAAGCUAAUUUAGUGUCAAUGUUGAUUGAAUUUUUAGCUCUGUUUGGAGUAUAAAAUAGUUAUGUUAUAAUUAUGAUAGUAAUAUAUUAGGUAGUGAUAAUAUCAACUGAACAAAUAUGUUGAUGGACAAAUGAAGAUAUUUUGCAGAAAUUUCUCUUAUUAAUGAUGACAGAUUGUAUUUUAGAAAUACAUACCAUGCAUGUAUAUUAGUUUUUAUUAUAUAGAUAUACAGCUGCCAAAGUAGCUGAAGUUCUUUGAUUGGGCUAGGCUUGCUGUUUGUUUACAUAGAAAGAAAAACAGGAAGAAAAAACACAGUUGACAAAGGCCAAUAAGGGCUAAUUAAUAUAGCUGCAUGAAAAUUCAAAGAGCAAAUAAUUCUUAGACAUAUUGCUUAUUAUAGAAAUUAUUAAUUAACUCAGGUGGUGCAGGUUAGGGUUUCUGCUCAUGGUUUUACUGAAAUAAUAAAUAUUUUAUAAUUACAUGUGGGGAAAUUUGAAGAAGAAAGAUGAAAAAUAGAAAACAAAUUACUAAUUAAGAGUAUUACUUAUCUAGAGGGAGAGGAUCUGAUUAUAUAUUCCUAAAGGGAUAGCGAUUAUGACCACUGUUAAUUCAUCACUAAUAAUAACUUAUAAUUAGUGGUGAUUUUUAUCAUUAUCAUUAUCAUCAUCUUUCUUGUUACCAUUAUCAGAAUUUUAAUUAUCAUUAUCAUUAUGGUCGUAAUUAUUAUAAUUAUUUUUUUUUCUGUAGCUAUAAAAGAUGUGCUACUCUAUCUGGUUAGUGUGGUUUUUCAAGUGUUCAUAAUUUAGCUUGUAACAGUAAUAAGAGAGUAAAAUGCUUGAGUAAAGA